CACACCAGAACGCACGAGUGCGCGGGAUGGGGCCGAUGAAAAAUGGCCAGUCUGUGUAAACGUCAACAAUGUACAAUAAAAAGACAUGGUUUUCGCCAAGAACUUGACUCGUGGCGGCAUAAACGUAUUCAAUGUGUAGACCUACCAAGCUACUCGGAGUCCCUCAUCCCUCCAGUUGCAAAGGAGAUUAUGCAGCGAAUGAUUCAAAAGCUUGCCACAGAAUAUACCUCAAAAAUUAAUUCAGCUCAGGAUGUUCCCCCUUCCCAAUCAGUAAUUAAAAGCUCCAAGUACCAAAGCCUGCCAAAAGCACCCUCGCUAGACCCAGCUGCCAACACAACCAACUGUCUUAUUGGUUAUACAGAGACUGACACCAUUAUUGCUGCCUCAUCACAGAACCCUGUCCUCUGCAAACCUUUCAUGGCUGAACAGGAUUCUCCACUGGACCUUACUGUAAAGAAGACUGGUGUUGAGCUCAGUAACCAAGAUGGUGUUCUGGAUCUUUCAACCAAAAAAAAAAAAAACAGAAUCUCUCUGAAGCCAUCUCAUGACUUCUCUAUAAUACCUGUAAUUAAAAGGCAACCUGUGAUUACUGAACAAAACUGCAAAGAACCUGAUGAUAAGGAUGGUUUAAUACUACAAGGCUUUCAAGAAAGCAUCUGGGAAAACCAUAGUUCCUCUGCCUCUUUUAAGCCUCUACUUGCCAAAUCACUUUUUAUAAAGGAGGACCUCCUGAAUCAGAAGCAUCACUUUCUUAGACAACCAACACCUCUUUCUUUAGCAAACUUAGAGACGGUAGGGUUUCUAAAUUCCAGUCAAACACAUCCUCUACUUUCUGAUGUCUUUUGGGAGAAACCACGACAAGAUGGUGUACUAGAGUGUAAACCGGCCACCUGCCAUCUUAGUGAUCUAAAAAAUCUUCCACAUGUCUUAGAAAAUCAUGGAACCUUUACCAAAAGCACCAGUGUUUGCCAUAGCAAGUCAUUAGAUGUAUUUCCCAUUCCAACAAAGAAAGAUGCAAGAAGCUCCACUCCAGUUGAUCUGAAGAUUCCACAGGUAAAGGGUAUGGAUCUCUCCUGUAACUCCAGUGAUAUCUGUAAUUACAGCUCCCAUACUAUGGCUAGUGUGCAGACUGAUAAUUCUCUCAGCAGGAGGCUUAGGGUCAUUUUGCCUAAACGGAGUAAUAUAGCUGGUUUUGGAAGCCUCUUUGAAGGGAGUGGAGUAAGUGAGUAUUUAGGUACUGAUGCUGAUCAAUCGACAUCUGGAACUCAGUAUCCAGCCUCAGAUCCAGAAGCAGAUUCAUUAGUCUCCAAACAGCCACGCAAAAAAAGGGGACGGUAUCGCCAGUAUAAUAGUGAGAUCCUUGAAGAAGCUAUUGGUGUGGUGAUGAGUGGGAAAAUGAGUGUUUCAAAGGCACAGAACAUUUAUGGUAUUCCUCAUAGUACUCUGGAGUACAAGGUGAAAGAGAGGUUAGGAACAUUAAAAAAUCCACCAAAAAAGAAGCUUAAAAUGAUGAUGACUAUAGAUGGACAAGACUCUGCAAUUACAGCAGGAACCAAAUCUACAUCAGCAACAGCUGCCAAAUCUAGCACAGUGUAAGAGGAUGCAUUUUAUGUGUUAGGAAAAAAUAUUAGUAAAUACACCAUGUUGCAACAAAAUAAAACAUAUUACUGAAAGGGCAGGGCUUAAACUGUGCCAAUUUGCUUGGCAGCAUAUGGGUAAGUGCAUCAACUACAAUGCAACUCCAAGCAGUUUUAAGUUGUUUUUUUUAAGCCACAAGGGAUACAAAAGAUAUUUUGUAUGAGACAAAAAUAAGUAUUAUGAAGUUUUAACUUUCUACUUACCCCAUUUAUCUGAUUUCAUUCCCUAUGUUACAUGCAGUUAAUAUAAUAGUGGGGGCAGUAACAUGGCUCACAGUUAGCAAGUCAAAGAAAUAACACAAAAAUGAAUAUUUUCCCUUUUAUCUUACACAUCCCUUUCUUAUGCUACAUGUUUGUAGUAUACAUUAAUUUAAACUUUUAAUUUUUCCAGUGACACACAUCAGGUAUCUGCUUUCUUUCUUUUUGUUUAUAUAACUGUCUAUUUACCAUGUAUGGCCUGUUACAUAAAAACUAAGAUAUCCAUGUUUUUUUUCUAAACAUGUUGCUUAAGAAAAAUUUAAAUUUUGGAAGAAUGAUUUAAGUAUUAAAAGUUUUUUUUCUGUUUUUUGUUUACACUGGACUUUCUGGGACUUGCCAGAUACUGGUGAUACUGGUGAUACUUUGGUGACGUAAUUACCUCAACAAUAUUUGCAUUACCCACUGAACUGCGCAUGUGUGAACAUGUGCUAUUAAAACUGUACUCCAAUGAAAGCCUCAUAUUUUGAGAGGAGGACAUAAUUUUAAACACCAAUGCUGGCUUUUUAUUUUUUACUAUAAACGGGUAUGUACAGUCUCCUCUGAAAGUAUUUGAAUGGCAAGGCCAGUUAUUUAGUUUUUGACAUACAUCGAAGACAUUUGGGUUAGAGAUCAAAAGUUGAAUAAGACAGAUACUUAGCUUCAGAUAUUUACAUCUAGAUCUUUUACACAACCUAGAGCAAUGUGAUCUUUUUACUGCGCCCACUGUUUAAGUAAUUAAAAUCAUGAAAUUUCUUGUAUUCAUGAUACAAGUAUAAAUUAACAUAGUAUUUGAACAGAGUAUAAAUGAACUUAGAUAUCAGGCAGUUAUAUAUGGGGCAAUUCAAUUGUAUUUUACUUAUGUAUUGCUUUUAACAAUAAACAAAAGCAAGCCAUUUUGAAACUGAGAAAGGAUGGAUUAGCAGAACCAUUGGCCAUAGUCUAACUAUUUGUCAAUGUUCUAAAAAAGAAAGAACCCCAAUUGGCCAAUGAAACACAAAUGGUGACCAGCAAUCCCCCAGCCACAGUGCUGGGUUGAAGAUAUUACAGUUCACUGUCCCACUGUUAAAAGAAGACUUUGGGAGCAGAUAUUGUUUUAUGUUAGUUUGACAGAUUGGGUAUAGAUUAUAUCAGAAAGUAAAAGCUAAUAUUCUGCUGUCUCAUUAGUUACCUCAAACCUAAAAAGCUUUGCCAUUUUAAUACUUUCUUAUUAGGGUUGUUAAUAUUAGGCACUAAUUCUAAUGGAGUAAUGUUGUGGAAUAAUGUUGUGCAUAUAAAGAAAUUCAUGUUAAAUGUAAUUUAAAUUAUCAUAAUAAUAAUAAUAAUAAUAAGACCACCUCUGUACAUUAUUUUACACAGAAUCUUAGGAUACCUGAGACAAAUUUAAACCACUAUGUAAAAUGAUUUUUGUCAUUAAAAAUUAAAAGAUGAUAAUUUAGAUAAAAUUAAGGAAAAACAGACAAUAUUGUCUGUUGUAGGACUGUAUGUAAGAAGUCUGUCAGGUCUAGCUAAGCCAUUAAUGAUAUAAACUAGUGCAGCGUUUAAAGUAGACCUUUAAAUGAAAAGUUUGGCAGAAAAACCUCUAAGAUUAGCACUUUUUGUAAAUGACACUUGGAAGCAAGUGUUUAUAAUAUAUGUUGCAGCAGCAGGUUAGGUAGUAUAUGGUAUGAGUAAACAAAGGGUGAAACAUUUGUCUUAAUAACCAAAAUACUGCAGCUCUGACCCAAACCUAUUUACAUUUUUAAUCUACACUGGUUGACAACUUUAAUAUUGUAUUUGUAGACAUUUUUUUGGAGGAAAAAGGUAUCCUUUUAUUUACGUAUCAAAACUCACCCCAGUGCUCACCACACAUACACAUAUACAUAUGCAUACACAAAUACAUAUUACGUAUGGCAUAAACACAACAAUAAAAGUAAAAAUUUACCUAAUUUGUAGGCAUCAAAUUUGCAUGCAGUGCAUGGGGUUUUUACGUAGUUUAUUAUUUUUUUUUUAAUGUUUUAGGGUUACCGUUAUCUUAAUCUGCUGUACACACCUCUUUUGAUAGUCUUCUGGCUGUCAAGAUGUUACAUGCAUUGCAUAUGAAUGUAGUUGAGCUUUAAAAGGGUUUGUAAAAGAUCACACUAUUUAUAUUUAAAUGUUUUUGUUGUUGUUUUCUUUGUUUUAUAUAUAUAUAUAUAUAUAUAUAUAUAUAUAUAUAUACACAUAAUAUAGCUGUAGCCUUCAACAAUGUUUAUCUCAGGAUAAAUGCAACUAAAGGGGCUGCAAUAUUUGUCAGUCAUAGGAUGACAGACUUCUGUGUAUUAGUAGUGUUUCGAUAUAUAAGUAUAAACAUAUGGCCGUCUUUGUGCAACUGGUAUACCUCAGCCUUGGAAUACACAAACGUGUGGGGCUCUUUCACAUUCAGAAUUACUUAUGUAAAAGUUAACUUUUAAAUAAAUACUAUGUUAUAGAUGUGUAGAUAUACAGUGCCAAUGAAAAUUUUUUAGACCCUUUUUUUUCUACACAUUUUGUUGUCACACUCAUCUUAGCAUUCAUUAAAAUCUUUUUUUUCUCUUCAUUCUACACACAAGAAUUCCCAUGGACAAGGUAAAAACAGGUGUUUGGAAUGUUUUGCUAAUUUAUUACAAAAACUAUAGACUAUAGAAAUAGCACUUCAGUUCUUAUCGGAGAAUAUUGUGUGUAGAAUUACGAGGGGAAAAAUGGAUAUGAAUCUAUUUUAUGAUGAGUGUGAUAUGAAACAGAAUUUGGGGGAAAAAAAUGGUCUAAAAAUUUACCUUUGCACUGUAUGUAUAUUGGCUUGUUGGAAUUGUCAAACUUUUUUAGGCUUUGUUUUAUCUAAAAUAUAAGCCAUUGUGUAUUUAAUAUAUUUUUAUUUAACGCUUACACUUCUGGACACGUGUUCUAAAUGAAUACAUUAAAACUGAAAAUGUAAACUUUUGGUUGUAUAUACCAUUGGGCACUAGAUAACUACAAAAAAUCUCUGUUCUUACCUCACUUUCUAUAUCAUACAUGAUUUAUUUUUGCUUUUAACAUCUCAGAUUGUCAUUUUUUGCUCAAAGCUGCAUAUCCAGUUACCUCAGGUCAGACCAUUUUAGAGCUGCUAAUUGUACAAAUCAGGACUUUACUGUACAUUUUGUUUCUGAAACAGAUGUGUUGUAUUUCUAAUACAAACGUGUAGUGUUUUAUAAAAGUGUAUUUUUUGUCAUGUUUCUUUAAUGAAAUGCAGAAUGUCUUUUAAAUACAUACUUUACUAAACCCAAGUCUUUUUUUGAUGCAGCUUUUCGUACAUACCUUUCAAAUAUUAUAAUUUGGAAGUAUGAUACAUACUGUAUCUUUGGACAAAUGUAUGAACUAUUUGGGGUACAUAGACAAAAUAGUCAACUAGGGCUGGUUAAACAGUUAGUAUUUGAAUCGGCCCAACCCAACCUGUACAGUAUAUACAAAUUUAUGGUCACAAAAAUCAAAGCAAAAGAAAUGAAGAAGCUUUUUGUCCUUUACGUAAGCUGGUACAAAAGCAACCAUCUAAAGCCAUGCAAAAUUAAAUAUUACAUGCCUUUUAUCACAGACCAUUAGUUUCCUCACCUGUCCUAUUGGGAGCAGUUAAGUGUUAAAUAAAUUAUACAGUAUUACAAAAACCAUGUCAAUACAUAACUCUUUCCUUAAGACAGAAUGAUUGAUAGUUCAGUGAACAGCAGAUUAUAAGUUUCUAAUAAAAUAAAGUUGCAAAUCUGUUUGAAAAAAAUCUUGCUAUGAAUACAUAAGCUUAUAGUUUGUCAUGAAAAAGUGAAGAACAUCUUUUGUGAUUACUUAUUACUUAUAUUGUAGAUACUGUAAUAGACAGGGACAAAUAUUUCUUCAUGGAGCACAUUUGCAAACUUGUACGGACCAGUCCUCUUUGACCAUUUCAUCAUAUUUUUUAAAUGAAACAUCCAAAAACUUUUUUGUCAUCUAGAAUCUUGUGAAAUCUGAACUUUGUUCUUUGACGUCAAGCUGCAUAUUAUUAUUCCAGCCUUGCCUAUGGACUAUAUAAUAAUAAUCAUUAUUCUCUGCUACCUCACCUUUGCAACCAUUUUAAUGGUCAAAAGAUUAGAUCAUUUGCAUUUGAAGGAAAAUUCAUAGCAAAUGUGUCAUUUUGUUUAUUGACUAAAAAUGUAGCACACUCAACCUAAAAACAGUAUACUAAUAUUCAGCUGUCGAGUCUUAUUUUCUACUUCUUGGCUAACAGGAGUGCUACCCAAUGUGGCCUUCUGCGAUUGUGGAACAUCCUAAAAGCUUGACUUUGUAUUUUUAAAUUCUUUUUUGUUCUACAGUGUGCAAAAAUUUCAAAUGAUCAGCAGUUGGCAAAAUACGCAAACCAGACCAUGCUAUGGUUAAGGCCACAUCACGUUUUCUCCCAUACUAUCCACAAUUCCAGUUUUGAAAAAUAUAGUCUAUGGUAAACAGGUACACACUGUAUAGAAUGAUUUCUCAUUUAACAUUUAUUGUAGAUACUGCUAAGGGAAAAGUGAAUAUAUAUAGUGAUUAAUAUAAACGUAGAAGAAGAUUUAAUGAGAGUUUUCUGAGAUCUGCCAUGCCUGCAAAAGCUAGAGCUCUCGUGAUUUUCUUAGUUUUAUUCUGCAGGAUUCCAGUCCAUGCUUGUACAUGCCUUAUCCCAUUGUGAGGCAUUCUGUCAAGUAAGCAAAAAAGAGUAAUGUACCUCAUAUUUGUAUGUUUAUUUUUAUUCAUUUGGAACAUUAUCCUUUCAAAGGAACAUUAUCCUUCAUAUUUGGCUACAUCCCAAGUAAAUUACGCUUAUAAUGUUCAUAAUGCAAUUUUCAUAAUACAGGUUUUAAGAGGCCAUAUAGCAUUUGAUGGUUUUCCUUUUAAAGCAUGUUAGAAUGUUUGCAUGUAUUCUUAUCCUUAAUUCUAUUAUUUACCUUAGCAAAAGUGGUUAAUAAAAUAGAAAUAAUCAGCACACAAUCUGUGGGUGGUUAGGGCACUUGUGUAUUUACUGUCAUAGUUAUUUUAUUUGCUUUACUGUAAAGCUAAUUAAACACACAAUAUGUAUAUAAACAUAAUGCAAAUGGUUGGGGAAUUGAUUUGUUGUCCCAUCAUACCAGUCUUGAUUGUGUGUAGACAUUCCAUUUAUUUCAAAGUAAGCAUAGGGAAAACUUUGGAUUAACAUGCACAUUUUACAUAUGUAUAAAUGAGUUUGCCUGUGCAAUGGCUAAUAUAAAAUGAAUACUCAAAUCGUCUUCAGCAAAGGGGGUGGACCUUGUUCUUAUUUAAUUCAGGGAAUAUAAUAGUCUAUUCGAUCAGAGCUCAUAUUACCUUAGUUUAGCCCAUUUACAACAUUGUUUUAGUUUUUCUUUGUCCUUCCUCUUUUUGCAUCUAAGUAAAAGUUAAAAAGCCCCUUAUCUAUAAAAACUUCCAUGAGCAACAGUAAAGUUUGGUACCUAAUUUUUAUAAUAAUAUAAAUAUAUGUAGAGAGUAAAAUUUUAUCUUUUUUCUGAUGAAAAUAUGACCACAUUUAUGUUUUCUGUCAAAAAAAAUCCAAAUUACAUCGUUAUACUUACUUGCAGAGGGUACUCAUUUAGUAACAAUGGAUAAGUACUGUUUAAUUACUUUCAUGGACAGUAAUUUGCAUGGUAAAUGAGUGUACACCUUAAAAUAACUGUAGAGUCUAAUGGGUGCAACAGGUAUAACAUAAUGCUCUAAGGCAAAUUUCAUAUAUCUUGCUUACAUUGACGAUAGUACCUAGGUACCUAAGUUUUCCUUUAAACAUCUGGCUAAAACUGCUGUAUACAGUACUUUCUGUUGUACUGUAGAUAUGGUUGUGUCAUUAAAAAGAUGUAAAAAAAAAUAAAUAAAUAAAUAAAUUAUAAAAUAAAGAAUCAUGACCUCCAACCCCUCAGGGACUAACAUCCAUAUUUGCAGUCAAUUGAACAAAUAAGCAAAUAUUAAAAACAAAUAAAGUAUAAAUUGGAUUUUUUUUCCAGACCAGUGUUUGGCCACUCAUUCAGCUGCAUUUAUAGUCCCCUGUAAACACUGUACCUCAUGUACUAUGCUGAUUCAGUAUAAGGCAACUUUUUAAAGUGAUCCAGCUACUCCUAAUACUAAUUUUAAAUGCAAGGUUUUUUUUUUUUCACCAUAAUAGUGUGUUUAAGCAAGUUUGCUUAUAGCCAGCUAUAAUUCUUAAUAGAUCUUUGUUCUAUUAAUGUAAUCGUUUCAGUUUAGGAAACUGUCUGAAACUAAACCAGAAAAAGGUAAUAGAUCUAUCCAUCCAUCUACCUUCCUACCUACCUACUGAUCCACCCACCUACUUAUCUACCUACCUGAGAAUAUACAGUCAUGUGCAAAAGUUAUUACUCUCUUUUAAUUCUAUGUGUUUUUGUGUAAAAACAUAAUAAAAAAUAAUCUGAUCAAGCAGGUCUUGGUAUUAGGCAAACACAACAUGACACAAACAAAAACAAACUGUAACUGUUUUUCACUGUCAUUAUUCAUUUAACAAAAAUAAAGCAAAAGAGUAAAACAAAAAUGUGGGCAAGUACUGUACCCCCAUGAUUCAGGAGCUUAUACAUCCACCUUUAGCAGCAAUACCUUGAAGUAAGCAUUUAAAUUAUGACUUUAUCAAUCACAUAUUGGAGAGUAAGUUUGUAAUUAUUGUCCUGUUGCAUGACCCAAUUUCGACCAAGCUUUAGCUUUUCAGACAGAAAACAUUACAUUUGCCUCUAGGAUACUCUGCUAUACACAAAAGUUCAUGGUAGACUCCGUAACUGGAAGAGGGCCCCGGUUCUGUGGCUGCAAAACAAGCCCAAAUCAUCACCCCUCCACUGUUGUGCAUGACACUGGGUAUACAUUUGAGGUUGGGUAUUCUGGCAACCCUUCCAAACAAAUCAUAAUUUCUUAGUCUGCUUCUAACAUAUAGAAUGCUCUGUGGGGCCUGAUGGAUCUGAGAUGUAGCUCUUAGGAUUAUUUUAUUACUCUGCAUUUUAUGGUCUGACCCUGGGGUGAAUGUGCUCAGAUGUCCACGCCCUGAACGAGUGGCAACUGUUUUGAAUGCUUUGCACUUGUGAAUAAUUUUUCUCACUGUAGAACAUUGAACUCCAAGUUGUUUGAAAAUUGUUUUUAAACUCUUAUUAAAUUGAUGUGUAGCAGCAAAUGCUUCUCUAAUGCAUGCAUUCCGAUAUUUUGAGAUAGUUUUUAGGCUUCCUUCAUAUGUGGAAAUAAAUCAGAUAUAAAUCAGAUAUGUGCUAAUGUGAUUGUCGUGUAAACAGACAGAUCGGAUUUUCUGAGGCAUUGCGUUCUGUACGCCAUUAAAACUGCGACUUCUUUCCGCAGUGUUUAAUGACGUAAUGUUAUUCUCCGGUGGAAGAGCGUGUGGAAUUAUAACAUCGCAAGUGACAUGGAAAAGGAAAAGCACCCAGCCCCGCCCCCCCUCUUUUUUUAAUGCUUAUUUGGGCUAAAUAACAUUAAGAAAUCAGUAUUUGGUAAAUGAAGCAUAUGCGCAGGCUGCAGUUAUGCGGUUUUUAUUCUCCUCCUCCGUUUUAAAACCAUGGUGACGUUUUGCGAACUUUGCAUAUAUCGCAGAUUGUUAAGCAUACUUCACCGUCUAUCUUGGCUAGUGUGUAGCGCAAGAACCUCCCUUUAAGUAUGCGCGAUGUUUCAGAUGGCAUGGCAAGUGUAAACACGUGUAUUGGAUAUGAGUCAUAGUUGAAAGAACGUGUAAACAGACGGUCAAAAAAAUCAGAUAUAGGCAUCAAAUCAGAAUUGGGCAUCGAGACCUGCAGUGUAAACGUAGCCUAAGAACAUGCCUUUGCCUUGGCAUGCCUGCUGCUGUUAAAUUAAUUAAGGGCUGACUAUUGGCAGCACCUGGCUACAACUUAAGCAGAAGCAGUAAGAGGGUACUUGGUAUUGCCCACAUGUUUUUUUUUUUUGGCUUAAGUUUGUUAAGUAAACAAUGGCACAGUAAAAAAAAAAAAGUAAUGUUGUUGGUUGUCUGAGGUUGUAUUUGCCUUAUAAUAAGACCCACUAUGAUCAGAUGAUUUAUAGUAGGUUUUUUGCAACAACAAAAAAAAAAACAUAGAAUUAAAAAAACUAAACUUCCACAUGAUUGCAUUUAUGCUAUAAUACUUAUACACUGUUAACCCAAGCCUCAGACAUUAAUUUUAUGGCCAGAACAGACCUCAUUUUCAGAUUUACUGUUUACAAUUUUAUAAGGUAAAUGUAUUAUCAAGUGGUUUGGGAAUUUUCCCUGUCAUUUUAUUAAUGUACUUUAUUUAUUUAUUUUCUUGUAUUGUGGAAGUUCCGCUAUUACUUAUGUCUGAUUUCUGGGUACUGAAAAGGACAAUAAUUGUAUUGGUUUAAUUAUUAUUAUUAUUUGUUUUUCUGUGUGAAUGCAGAUUUAUUGCAACUGUUGACUUAUUA